AAUUUUUAUCUAAACUGGGGCGACGUGUGCGAAACAGUGUUUUAGUAUCCUCGAACGACUCGGCGCAGCACCAUCUCCUCGUUUUUUCUUUCUUUUUUUUCAAAGAAAGACUGAAACAGCGAUCCCAUGCUGCUGCUAUCCGCAACCUUGUCGGUCAUCGCUGUCAUGCAGUCGGCAGUAGCCGAUUCGCCUUCGGUGGUCACGGCUUACGGCCCAGUCGUCGGAUCCUACAAAACCUCGCAGAACGGCAGAAAGUACGCCGCGUACGAGGGGAUCCCGUACGCCGUGCCACCGGAGGGUGAGCUCAGAUUCACGGAAGCGCGGCCGGCUCCUCCCUGGAGAGGGACGUUGGACGCGACGAAAAAGAGCUCGGUAUGCGCUCAAUACUCGGACGUACCGCCGGGCAAGGACGGACAGCCCGUGUUGAAAGGGUUGUACCAAGGCACGGAAGACUGCUUGUACCUCAACAUCUAUGUUCCCCAGGUCAAGGGUCGUAAAGGCGGCUUGCCCGUCAUUUUUUUCAUACACGGAGGCUCCUUCCAGUACGCCAGUGGAAACAUGUUCGGCGCCAAGUACCUCACCGAUAGAGACGUUAUCUUCGUCACCUUCAACUACCGCCUCGGAAUCUUAGGAUUCCUGAGCACGGAGGACGAGGUCUUGCCCGGAAAUCUGGGAUUGAAGGAUCAGAAUCUCGCCCUGCGCUGGGUCAACGAUAACAUAGGCGCCUUCGGCGGCGACAGCCGACACAUAGUUCUGUCGGGCUUCAGCGCCGGCUCCUCGAGCAUCCAGUACCACUACCUUUCGCCGAUGAGUCGCGGACUGUUUUCGGGCAGCAUUGCAAUGAGCGGAACAGCCUUCAAUCCUUGGGCUAUGGCGCAUUUCGCCAGAAAGAACGCGAUCAAAUUGGGCGCUAUCUUCAAGUGUCCUACGCACGACAGUCGGCUGAUGAUCGAGUGCUUGAAGAAAGUGCCGACGAUGGAGUUGGUGCUCGCCGAGAAUCAGUUCAUGGAUUGGCAGUACAAUCCCGAGGCGCCGUUCGCACCCGUUUGGGGCGACAGCUUCAUGCCCCUGUCGCCCAAGGAAACCCUCGAAAGUGGAAAGAACUACGACGCGCCCGCUCUUUACGGAAUGGUCAGUCAGGAGGGUGAUGAUCCCGUGGCAGAGUACGCUCCUCACGACAACCUUCUGAAGCAGCUGGACGAAGACUGGCUUGAGAUAACGCCCGCCUUGUUCGAGAUGCAAUACAACUACGUAGUGCCGAAGAACCAGUGGCCGGAGGUAGCUAUCGCCGCGAGGAAAAAGUACCUUGGCAACGCGACGAUAGACAAGAAGGCCGUGCCUGGCCUGAUAAAGAUGCUCACGGAUCAGCGAUACUUCAUCGGCUUCGAGGACGGCAUCAGGUUGCAGGCGAAGGCAUCCAAGAGUCCCGUUUACCUCUAUUACUACGCGUUCAGGGGCUCGCAGAGCUACAGCGAUUCCCUCAGUCGCACGCACAAUAAUUACGGUGUCUGCCACACCGACGACAUGAACCUCGUCGUCGAGAACCCGGACAUCGACCCGACCAAGACUCAAGCCGAGUGGGAGAUGUCCAACUUUUUGAUGGACAUAUGGGUCUCGGUGGCUUACACGGGAGUACCGACCAACAUCAGCGCAAAGUGGAAUCCGGUCGACGCCGACGAUCCCGAGCUCAAGUACCUGCAUAUCGCUGCUCCAGGAAAAUACAGCAUGUCGGGCGACUCGGACUUUGGACUGAAAAGUUUCUGGAAGCGGUGGUUCUAGCCUGACUUAUAAGAAUGUGUACAUGUAUACAGAUAAAGAGCACGAUUUCGGGCAUUCCCGAGCAAACCUUGUAAA